CGACUCCAUUCCGAACGAAUUCAAUUCGGUUGUGAGAUCACGUGUGUUGUCUUUUAGAAGUUUAUGUAAUGUAUUUAACUGAUUUACAAUUUGUUGAAGGUGACCCGGUGGAUUCUGAUUUAGAAGACAGUGAUGAUUCUAUAUCAAUGAGUGACGAUGACACUGAUAGCGAUGAAUCCAAUGACAGUAGUGAAUUUGAAGAAAAUGAAACUGAUGAAAACUCAACUCAGAAUGUUGACAAUAAUGAGGAUUUAUUAGUUUCUCUGAUUGAAGAACGUCGUAAUAAUAUACAGAAUAAGUUAUCUCCUAUUAAAAGCGAUGAUCUUUUUACAAAUUUAUCAUUUCAUCCCUCUAUGGAUCUCAUUACAGUCAGUUGUCUUAGUGGGAACAUUGAAAUAUAUUCAUAUGCAGUUGAAGAAAAUACUCUAAAAGGAACCAUAGAAGCCCAUACUAAAGCAUGCAGAGCUGUCGAAUUUUCUGAUGAUGGAACAACUAUUUAUUCUGUUGGUAAAGACAAGAAUAUUGUUAUUUCUGACUUAGAACGAUUAGACAUGAAGAUGUUCAUAGAUAAUGCUCAUCAUGUUGCACUGACAACAAUAAUUGCUCCUGAUGACAAUAUUCUUUCAACUGGAGAUGAAGAAGGUGUGAUUAAAAUAUGGGAUACAAGGUUUAGUCAAACUCCAACUAUGAAAUUUCACGAUCUUCAAGAUUAUGUUUCAUGUAUUACAUCUAAAGAUUCUUAUAAAAUAGCUUGUACUAGUGGUGAUGGUACUCUUACAUCUUAUGAUUUAAGAACAAAAAAAAAGCUUCAGCAGAGUGCACCUUUUGAAACUGAUUUAACUUGCUGUACCUCAACACGUAGCAACACAAUGAUAGUUUGUGGCACAAUGACAGGACAGUUCCUUUUUUAUAAGUGGUCUGAUUUCUCAGAUUUAGCUGGCACCUAUAAACCACGGAAAAAGAGUUCUGUUAAUUCUGUUUUGGAAGUGUCUGAUAACAUAAUUCUUUCUGGUAUGGAAGAUGGGCAUCUUAAAGCUUUUCAUUUUUUCCCGCAUAAAGAAAUUGGCAUUGUAGGGCAACAUACACUUAUCAUUGAAAGUUUAGAUAUAUCACAUGAUGGGAAAAUUGUUGCAUCUUUGUCUCCUGAUCCUAUAAUUAAAUUUUGGGAUAUUUCAUAUUUGGAGGGAUUUCUUGUUUCUGAUGUUGAAAGAAAUAUUGGAAAUGAAAGUAAAAACUUACCAUCAUCAGAGUUUGACGAUCGGAAAAGUUUUUUUUCUGAUCUAUCUUAAGUUAUUAUAUUUGUUAAUUUGAAAUCUCUGAAAUUGUAUUUUUUAUUUCUUCACUGUAGAGGCAACUUCAAAUUUCUAAAAGAGUAAAAACCAAAAUUAGAUGAUAGUCCCAGGGGGAUCUCAUUUGUCACUUAGUUGAAACUAAAAUUAGUUUUUCCUUUAUCCUCUGAUAUAUAGGGUUAUAUAUUCAGGGUGCAUCAGAAAAACAGGCCAAACUACAAAGCAGAUUGCAUACAAGAAAAUGAUUAUAUAAACCUCAUGUUCUUAUCUGAUUUUCAUUUAUUUGUACUUUAUUCGCUAAUUACAUACAAAUAAACAAAAUUUUACAGAUGUAAUAGUAUUUCAGUUAUCAGAAUGAGAUAUUGAGAUCUUCAAAAAUAUCACCAUUGAUAUCUGAACAUUUUUGGUUUUAAGGCUAUUAAUUAUUAAAAUGAAAAUAAGAAUGAAAUCUCAGUGAUCACAAUUAUAUGUUUCAAUGAGGAAGAAGAUGGUCCGGAAUGGCAGUCAUAAUAAUACUCAAAACAGUGAAAAAAAUAUUUUAUUCCAUUAUUUAAGUCUUUUUAUGACCGCCACCCCAGACCUCCCUCAACAAUAUACAAAGGUCCAUCAUCAUUUAUUCUAUCAUAUGUUUUAAUCUCAUUGCAGUUGGAUUACGAUGUGUUGUGAACAAAAUCUUAAUGCUUGUAUAUAUAUUAAAUAUUGCUUAUUUGUGAAUUUUUUUUUUGUUAUCAGUCAAUAAAAUUUUAACAAAUGAAAAUCAGAUAAAAACAUAUAGUUUUAAAAAUUAUUUAUAAAUUAUAUAUAUUCUUGGGGAAAAUAAGAUAGUUACUUCCUAUAUUUAUAAGAAAACAUUUUUUACGUUGGCAUUGGCAAAUUC